GACGUGGUGGAGAAAGAGGACGUGGUGAAGGAGGAGGACGUGGUGGAGAAAGAGGACAUGGUGAAAGAGGAGGACGUGGUGGAAGAGGAGGAGGAGGUGGUGAAGGAGGUGGAGGUGGAGAACGACGGCGACAAGGAAGGGGAAGAGCAAGGGCACGAAGACAGUCAGUCUCGGAUGAAAUUCGAGCCACUUUAGUUGACCAUGUCCUUGUCCAUGGGAUGACUAUGAGGGAGGCUGGGCAACGAGUACAACCAAAUUUGAGUCGCUUCACUGUUGCCUCCAUCAUCAGAACCUUCAGGGAGGAAAACAGGACACAGAGACGACCACCUGGUGGAGGCAGGUUAAGGCUUUUGUCGGAGGAGCAAGAGAGGGAACUUGUAAACAUGGUAAUUGCAAAUAAUGUAAUCCGCCUGCAAGAGAUUCAAAGGAGAGCGAUUGAGGAUGAUCAUCUUUUUCGAGGCAUAAAUGCCAUCAGCCUCUCCACAAUUGACCGCAUCCUCCGAAAGAAUCAAUUCCGGAUGAAACAGGCAUACCGAGUCCCUUUCGAACGAAACUCUGACAGAGUGAAAAACCAACGUGUGGAAUAUGUUCAGAGAAUCUUUGAGAUUGAAGGACGGCCUGUUCCCCAUGAAAUGAUCUUUGUGGAUGAGGCAGGUUUUAACCUGACCAAAAGAAGGAAAAGGGGGAGGAACAUAAUUGGCCAUCGGGCUAUUGUAAAUGUCCCUGGUCAGCGUGGGGGGAAUGUCACUAUGUGCGCAGCCAUCAGCCAACGAGGGGUACUCCACCGCCAUGCCGUACUAGGACCCUAUAACACUAUGCUUCUCCUUGCUUUUCUUGAUGGUUUAAGACAACAUAUGUUCCAGCUGGACUACAGGGAACCAGCACAGCCAGAGCAGCCUCACUACGUUGUUGUGUGGGAUAACGUCAGCUUCCAUCGUGCUGCUCUGGUUCGUGACUGGUUUACCAAUAACCCAAGGUUUUCUAAUAUCUUUCUGCCUGCAUACUCCCCCUUUCUAAACCCGAUAGAGGAGUUAUUUUCGGCAUGGCGGUGGAAAGUGUAUGACCGAGAACCUUAUGUCCGUGUUCACCUCCUUCAGGCCAUGGAAGAGGCCUGCCUAGACAUAUCAGUAGAUGCAUGCCAGGGGUGGAUCAGGCAUGCAAGAGGAUUUUACCCCCGCUGCCUGGCUGGGGCCAAUAUAGCCUGUGAUGUGGAUGAGAUUCUCUGGCCUGACCCCGACCAAAGACAAGAUGCUGUGGUGGGAUAAUGUUUCUGGUGUGUGUUGUACUGUAUAGUACAUGAAUGACAAUGUGCCACUGUACAUACAUUGGUUGCGUCUUUUGUGUUUAUCAUGUGACAAGGGUUUUGAAGGGGAGAACCAUAAACAACCUAAUUGUUUUGGAACUAUUGUUUUGAAUUAAUUGUACCAGUGUGCAAAACUCUGUUGUAGUGUGUGUGUUUUUGAGGGCUUGUGUUUGAUGUCUGAGGGCAAAGUUCGGUUUUUCAGCAGGAGUGAAUAGUUUUGGGUGUAGAGCUUCAUUUUGACCUGGAAAUAGGAUGUUUGGGGAAUUGAGUGAGAUGUUAUGGAUUUGUGUUUACUGUUGUGCGGAUAUGAGGCGUAGUUUCAAGAAAUGUGUUUUAGCAAUCGAGAAAAACUGUAAUA